CUGUGGAAGCUAAACUCUCCGUCCGUUUCCUGCUGCAGUGAAGUCAGUGGCGUCGAGAAAGACCGAACAACAUCACAACCUCUACUAACUCCACUAUACAAUGAAACUGUCACCAAUAUUACCCUUUAUCGAUACCCGCUACGUCACGAUAUUGCUGGUGAUGGGUCUUUCCUCCCCAGGGAAGGCUGAGAUCACCAGUCUAGAUUCUGGAAACAUCGAUGACAUCCUCAAUAAUGCAGGAGUGUCGUUGGUGAAUUUCUAUGCAGACUGGUGUAGGUUCAGCCAGAUGCUCCACCCCAUCUUCGAGGAGGCGUCCAAUGUGGCGAGAGAGGAGUACCCAGACGCCUCCCAGGUGGUGUUUGCACGAGUUGACUGUGACCAGCACUCGGACAUAGCCCAGAGGUACCGCAUCAGUAAGUACCCAACGCUGAAACUGUUCAGGAAUGGCAUGAUGAUGAAGAGGGAGUACCGGGGUCAGAGGUCAGUCUCAGCCAUUGCAGACUUCAUCCGCCAGCAGAAAGUCGACCCAGUUAAAGAACUCCAGUCCCUGGAGGAGGUCAAUACUGUGGAUAGGAGUAAGCGGAACAUCAUCGGUUACUUUGAGCAGAAGAACUCGGACAACUACCGUACCUUCCAGAAGGUGGCCAACAUCCUACGAGACGACUGCUCCUUCUCUGCUGCAUUGGGUGAGGUGUCUGACACAGAAAGAUUCAGUGGAGACAACGUCAUCUACAAGCCUGUAGGAGAGACCAUUCCUGACAUGGUGUACCUCGGCUCGCUAACCAACUUUGACCUGACGUACGCCUGGGCGCAGGACAAGUGUGUUCCCCUGGUCCGAGAGAUAACCUUCGAAAACGGAGAGGAGCUGACAGAGGAAGGGAUUCCGUUCCUCAUUCUGUUCCAUCUGAAGGAGGACACCACCAGCCUGGAGCAGUUUCAGCACGAGGUGGCUCGCCAGCUCAUCAGCGAGAAAGGGUCUAUUAACUUCCUGCAUGCGGACUGUGACAAGUUCCGCCACCCUCUGCUACACAUUCAGAAGACACCCGCUGACUGCCCUGUCAUCGCUAUCGACUCCUUCAGGCAUAUGUACGUCUUCCCUGAAUACAAAGACCUGGCGAUCCCUGGGAAACUGAGGCAGUUUGUGCUGGACCUGCACUCUGGGAAGCUCCAUCGAGAGUUCCACCACGGGCCUGACCCCACAGACAUCACACCUGGAGAGGAGAUUCAGGUAGCGGCGAGUGACCCUCCAGAGAGCUCCUUCCAGAAGCUCGCCCCCAGUGAAACUCGCUACACCAUUCUCAGGGACCGCGACGAACUGUGACCUUACGAUUUGAGCGUGACCCUCAAACCCCACACCACGCCUCGGGGUCAGGGAGAGGUCAGGGUUAGGGUUGGGACAGGCCCGUGGGACCCAACAGCAACUCCCAACACCCCCUCAGCACCCGUAGAGAGGAGGAGGAGAAGAGGAGGAGGACGCGGUCCAAGAAAAAAUUGUGUUGGAAUAUUCUAUAUUUUCAUAACUCUUAUGUGUACAACUUUUAUUUUGGAUAAAAAGGAGGAAACAGAUGAAGAAGAGAGUGCGGGUUUGAGGCAUUAGGACAACUAAAAAAGCCUUUUUACUUUUAUUUUUGAGCUUGUAAAUAUGUUUGUGCUAAGUGGGCAUGUCUGUCAUCCUAAAUUAAUUAAAUGCAAGGUUUUCUUAAUUUUAUUUUUUUCCUUUUCAUCACCCUGUUUCUUUUUUUUUCUCUGAAUUUUAUCAUGUUUAGAAAACCAGACAAGUGGGCUCCCUCAGUGUUUGAGUGUCAGUUCUAGUAGGUUCUUAUCUGUGGGUAGACCAGCCUGUCUGUCUGGUGGAGGAGAGGGCAGCUGCUCUGGUGGAGGAGAGGGCAGCUGCUCUGGUGGAGGAGAGGGCAGCUGCUCUGGUGGAGGAGAGGGCAGCUGCUCUGGUGGAGGAGAGGGCAGCUGCUCUGGUGGAGGAGAGGGCAGCUGCUCUGGUGGAGGAGAGGGCAGCUGCUCUGGUGGAGGAGAGGGCAGCUGCUCUGGUGGAGGAGAGGGCAGCUGCUCUGGUGGAGGAGAGGGCAGGUUCUCUGGUGGAGGAGAAGGCAGAUGCUCUGGUCGCAUCUCAACACUCUGACGAGGCUCCCUCUCGUUCUCCUCCCUCCGUUAUCGAGAGAAAGUAUAAACUCUGAGGUACGGGAUAGGAAGACACUAGGGAACCAUGCUGCGGUGUUGAGAUGCACUCCUCCUCUUCCUGAUACUAAAUGUUGAUAGAUGGAAACGUGUCCUUGUUCUGUCUUACAGAACACUCGCCUUGAAGUGAAGAUCACUAAACUCCAACUGAUAAAACAUGUUUCCUCACUCCUGCUUCUUGUCCAGGUACCUCUGGUCUCAUCAUCUUUGGUCAGACACAGCUCGAGUAAGAUAGCAGUGGCCCACAUGGCUCUUCUGCUUCUCUUGUUUUUUUUUUUGAAACCGGAGUAGAGGAGAGUAUUGGGACACAGCGACUGUCUUUCCUCAGGCUAACAGACGCCUGAUAGGGUUCCUAUCAGCUCACUAACAGGGUGGGGGUCAGGAAGGGUCAUUUCUAGAUCAGUCAUAUCAGAGGGACAAAAAGCAAAACAGAAAGAAUAAAACCAUUUUACAGGA